AUGUGGACCUUCCUGGGGAGACCUGAAUGCAUUCUAUGCCUGUCUUCUGCCUUAUCCGCAAUGGCUCUGGAAAAGCAGAAAGAGUUACCCAGGCUUAAUCAAACUCACUUGACCCCCCUGUUGCUGGUGACUCGACGGGUAGGUCUGAAAGUUGAGAGAUCACAAUUCACACUGGAAGGUUUCCCAUUCCGGAUCAUAUCAGGCACCAUCGACUACUUCCGGAUACCUAGGCAGAAAUGGCGAGUCAGCUUGAGGAAGAUGCGGGACGGUGGCUUCAACACCCUCACCACGCACGUCCCUUGGAAUCUCCAUGAGCCAGCAGUGGGCCAGUUUCGUUUCAUUGAAAACCUGGACCUCAUAACUUUUAUCACCAUGGCAUCAGGAGAGGGGCUCUGGGUCAUUCUGUGUCCAGGUCCCUAUGUUGGCAGUGACUUAGACCUUGGAGGCUUGCCCAGCUGGUUACUCAAGGAUCCAAAAAUGAAGCUGCGGACAACUUACAAGGGAUUCACUGGAGCCAUGAAUGAGUACUUCAACUAUCUGAUUCCCAGGAUAGCACCGUUCCAGUAUAGAAAAGGAGGCCCUAUCAUUGCCGUGCAAAUUGAGAAUGAAUAUGGCUCCUACUAUAUGGAUAAAAAAUAUAUGGCGUAUGUAAAAAAAGCUUUGGUGUCAAGAGGGAUUAGUGAGCUGCUCAUGACUGCAGAUGAUGGUCUGAAUCUGAGAAAGGGCCACUUGAAAAAUGUGCUGGCCACUGUCCACAUGAAGAAUAUAAGGAAACAAACAUAUGAAGACCUCGAAUCCAUUCAAGGUAGAAGCCCUAUACUGAUGAUGGUGUAUACAUCAACUUCUUUUGACACGUGGGGCGCUCUCCGCCAGUUUGGAGAUCCACAUAUACUGAUGAAAGAUGUGCGUGAGAUGUUCAUCCUGGGGUUCUCCUUCAACUUCUAUAUGUUCCAUGGCGGCACCAACUUUGGCUUCAUAGGUGGAGCUCAGUCUUCAGAUGGUUAUCAACCUGUAGUGACCAGCUAUGACUACAAUGCACUGCUGACAGAGGCUGGCUCACGCACGCCCGAGUAUCGGGUGUUUCAGGAGUUUUUUUGCUCUGUUACAGGUACCCAGCAAGAUGUUUCCAAUAAACGAAAUCCUGCAAAUAUAUUUACCUAUACACCAUUGAAAUUCUUAUAUUUCAUGACCCUAUGGGAAGUCCUGCCCCAUCUGGACCGGCCAACCAAGUCUGUCAAGCCAAUCCCCAUGGAGCUGCUGCCUGUGAACCAAGGGAAUGGCCAGUCCUUUGGGUACACGCUUUAUGAGACCACCAUCUCCCAUGGAGGCCUCCUCACCUCGAGGGGUCAUAUUCAAGACCGAGGGCAGGUGUUUUUGGAUAACAACCACGUAGGAGUCCUGGAUCAUUACAAAGAUGAGCUGCUUAUUGUGAAAAAUCCCUCCAAGAAAACCCAGGCUCUGAGGAUCCUGGUGGAGAACCAAGGCAGACUCACUUCUGGGGAGGAUAUUAACAAGCAGAGAAAAGGUUUAACUGGAGACAUCUAUCUGGACAAGACUCCACUAAGACAUUUUGUGAUCUACAGCCUGGAAUUGAGAAAUGCGUUCACACAAAAGAAACUUCCAAAGUCCUGGGAAAUAGUGACAAGCCAUGUUCAGGGCCCUGCCUUUUUCCUGAGUCACUUGAGAGUUGCAGAUCCUCCACAGGACAUCUUUAUAAAAAUACAGGGCUGGGAAAAGGGUGUCAUGUUCAUCAAUGGACAAAUCCUAGGACGAUACUGGAAUGUCGGUCCCCAGGAAACCCUCUAUGUGCCUGGCUCCUGGCUUCAUCCUGGAGUUAAUGAGAUUGUGAUGUUUGAGGAGUUGAGAGGUGGUUUAAAGAUCGACUUGGCAGAAGAGGCUCAUCUAGGACAUUGAGUCUCAAGUACUGUGAUAUAAGCCAGAAGAUAGACAGCUGAAUCACAUCCACAGUGGUGCUGGGCGUAACCCAUAAGUCCUGACACAUAGGUGGGUCUCUGUAUCUAGCCUAUGCCAGGCUUAGGUUCUACCGUCCAUCUCCUCACUUGACAGCAAACCUGUCUUUUGACUCGUUAGCUCAUCUGUUUCUGCUGUUUACAACAAAAUGGACUUUCCCCGUACACUUUCCUUGUCAUGUUUCUUCUAUAAAAAAGCUCUUUGACCAGCAAAUAAAAUGUUGGGAAAAAACAAAGCAAGAAGAUGUUCAGAAUAC